UGCUUGGGGCCAAAGUGCCUGUGGGAGGCUGGGUCAGCAGUUUGCCGUUCCCAGCGUUCCCAGGAGCCGAGAUGUUUACGGGCAUUAAGGCCUGCCUUCAGCUGAAGCAGCUCCUAGACAUCCUUUGCAGUCCCCGGGUUCAAAAACAAGGCAGGAGCAGCAUGAGGCUGUGGCUGAGAGGACUGGUCCUCCAGGUGCUGAGAUCUGCCCGGGGUACCUGCGGGUCUCCGGGGCAGCCGCCAACUCUACCUGCCCCUCAGAAGGUCGUGGCCACCUGGGAAGCCAUCAGCCUGGGGAGGCAGCCAGUGCCUGAGUACUUCAACUUUGCUCAUGACGUGCUGGACAUGUGGAGUCAACUGGAAAAGGCUGGGCACCGGCCCCCAAUCCCCGCAUUCUGGUGGGUCGACGGCAUGGGAGCAGAGGUCAAGUGGAGCUUUGAGGAGCUAGGGGAGCAGUCCAGGAAGGCAGCUAACGUGCUGGGAGGCGUGUGUGGCCUGCAGCCUGGAGACAGAGUGAUGCUGGUGCUUCCACGGCUCCCGGAGUGGUGGCUGGUCAGCGUGGCUUGUAUGCGGACAGGGGCUGUCAUGAUUCCUGGCAUCUCUCAGCUGACAGAGAAGGACCUCAGAUUCCGGCUGCAGGCAUCCAAGGCCAAGUGCAUCAUCACCAGUGACUCCACGGCUCCACAGGUGGACGCCAUCAGUGCGGACUGCCCCUCUCUCCAGACCAAGCUGCUCGUGUCAGACAGCAGUCGGCCAAGCUGGGUGAACUUCCGGGAACUCCUCCGGGAGGCAUCCACAGAACAUAGCUGCGCGAGGACCAAGAGUCAAGACCCACUGGCCAUCUACUUCACAAGCGGCACUACCGGGAACCCCAAGAUGGUUGAGCACACACAAGCCAGCUAUGGACUGGGCUUUGUGGCCAGUGGAAGAAGGUGGGUGGCCUUGACUGAAUCGGAUAUCUUCUGGAACACGACGGACACUGGCUGGGUGAAGGCAGCCUGGACCCUCUUCUCUGCCUGGCCUAAUGGAUCUUGCAUUUUUGUGCAUAAGCUGCCCCAAGUUGAUGCCAAGACUAUCCUGAACACUCUGUCCAGGUUCCCGAUCACCACCCUCUGCUGUGUCCCCACCAUCUUCCGGCUGCUUGUGCAGGAGGAUCUAACCAGGUACCAGUUUCAGAGCCUGAAGCACUGUUUGGCUGGAGGAGAGGCCCUGAACCCUGACGUGAGGGAAAAGUGGAAGAGCCAGACAGGCCUGGAGCUGCACGAAGGCUACGGCCAGUCUGAGACAGUUGUGAUCUGUGCCAAUCCCAAAGGCUCGAAAAUCAAGUCAGGAUCCAUGGGGACUGCAUCCCCACCUUACGAUGUGCAGAUUGUAGAUGAUGAGGGUAAUGUCCUGCCUCCAGGAGGAGAGGGGGAUAUUGCCAUCCGUGUCAGACCCACCCGGCCCUUCUGUUUCUUCAGCUGCUAUUUGGACAAUCCUGAGAAGACAGCAGCGUCAGAACGAGGGGACUUUUACAUCACAGGCGACAGAGCCCACGUGGACAAAGACGGCUACUUUUGGUUCAUGGGAAGAAAUGACGAUGUGAUCAUUUCCUCAAGCUACCGAAUUGGACCCAUUGAAGUGGAAAGCGCCCUUGCCGAGCACCCUGCUGUCUUGGAGUCUGCUGUGGUCAGCAGUCCAGACCCCACCAGAGGAGAGGUGGUAAAGGCGUUUAUAGUCCUUUCUCCAGCCUACUCCUCACGUGAUCCAGAGACGCUAACCUGGGAACUCCAGGAGCAUGUGAAGAGGGUGACUGCUCCAUACAAGUACCCCAGGAAGGUGGAAUUUGUUUCAGAACUGCCAAAGACGGUUUCUGGAAAGAUCCAAAGGAGUAAACUGAGACGCCAAGAGUGGGAGAAAUGAGAGGCAACCUCGGAAAGGCCCCCCUGUAGGCCUCUGGAGCGUCUGAAAGGAACUGGGGGAUCAACGGUUAGCCCCCACUUGGCGCAUCAUCCCAUCAUCCCUUUGACCCUUCUGACGUCAAAGGCUUCCAGCUUCCAAAUAAGCAUCUCCAGAAUCACUGCGUGACCCUGGAAGAGAGCAGAACCUCGUUAACCCAGAGUUCACAGCCACUGCCCAGACAAGCAGAUGUUCGGUGGCUUGACUUUCCCCUCUGUCUGGAGGCAUCCUUAACAACUGCCCACUGGUCUUUCCUCCUCAGAGCUUUCAGCUAUCCCGCCGAAGGACAGGUCACCAGAGCGCUGGGGCACUUGCGAUCUCAUUCACUGCCAGUGAGAGUGUAGCCACUUGACCCUUUUUAAAAAAGUAAUUAAUUAAUUAAUUUUUUAAAUUGAAGUACAGUCAGUUACAAUGUGUCAAGCCGGAAAGAGAGAGAGAAAUACCACUUGCCCCUUUUGAUAAAGCUAUUCGGUAAUCAUAUCCAGGGCCAUAAAAUAGUGGUCAUACCCUUUAGUUCAGAAACGCCAUCUUUCGUAGUCACUGCAAAAGAUAGGAUUCAAAAGAUAUUCACUGUUUAAGACCAUGAAAAAGAAUGGAAAGAGAAUGAAUGCCUAGAAAUUUGUUUUUUUAAAUCUAUUUUUAUAUAUAGUGGCUAACAUUUGCAAAUCUCAAACUCCUUAAUGUAUUCCUUCCCCCUUCCAUAAGAUUGUUUACUAUGUCUGCGAGUCUGUUUCUGUUUUGUAGAUGAGGUCAUUAGCAUCUUCUUUUUUUCUUUUUUAGAUUCCACAUGUGAGUGACAUCAUAUAAAAAAUAAAUUUCUUCUGUAUAGCACAGGGAGCUAUAUUUAAUAUUUUGUAAUAACCUUUAACAAAAAAUAUGAAAAUGAAUAUAUAUAUGUGUAUAUGCAUGAUUGAGACAUUGUGUUGUAUGCCAGAAAUUGACACAUUAUAACUGACUGUGCUUCAAUUAAAAAAAAAAUGAAUACCUAAACAAUAGGACGGUGAUUAACUAAAUUGUAGUAGAUUCACUCAAUAACAGCUUAUGUGGUCUUUAAAAAGAUGCCUUGGGGGAAAUUUGAGUUAAAUUAAUUUUAAAUCAGAAUAAAAAUAAUGUAUGUACAGUGGGGAGCCACAACUUUGAAAGGUAAAGGAAAAGCUACAGAUGGAGAAAAGACUAAAGAGAGAUACGCUGAAAUGUUAAUAGUAAUUUUCUUGGAUAUUGAAAAUAAUGGAUGAUAGAUCUUUUUUUCCUUUCCCCUACAAUUCACUAUUUUCCAAGUUUUCUCAGUGAGUAUAUUUAACUCUUUUAAUGAAUAAAUUAUUUUAAAGAAAUCGUCCCCCAACACCAUA